GAUUUUUUUAAUUAUUAUUUGGCAGCAAGAGAGUCCUGUUGGUGUUUGGUUGAAACUUGAGUCAAAAAGCAUAAACAGCAGUAAACUUAUCUUCCGAAAGUUGAGCACAAAUGGAGAGAUGGACAAGACAACAGAAAAUAGCUUGCUAAAAAAUUCUUCAGGUAACCUUAUCUCUGCAGAGAGUGAUGACAAUCUCACAGAAAUCUUUCAGCAAAUCAAAACUUCCAAAAGAAGUACAGUCAUCAACUAUGGUGCGUCUUGGUGCCGCAUUUGCAGUCAGAUUCUUCCCGUGUUCUGCCGAUUAAGUUCAAAGUUCCCCAAGCUCUCGUUUGUUUAUGCCGAUAUUGAUGAAUGUCCCGAGAUGACUCAACACAUUCGUUGCACGCCGACCUUCCAUUUCUACAGAGAUGGCGAAAGGGUUGAUGAGAUGUUUGGCGCUGGUGAAGACCGCCUGCACGAUCGCCUUUGGCUGCAUUCCUAGAGGAAAAAAAAUCGCAACUUCUAAAAUUACACUAUGUAGUACUCUCUGAUUGGUCUCCUUGCCAAUGCUGUUAGGAUGAAAUGUCUGUAUGUUUUGAUGUUUGUCCAAAUACCUUGUCACAUUUCAUGUAAUAAUCUUGUCAUUGUUGAUAAUAAAUAACUAAUCAAUCAAUCAAUUUACAUUGUUUGAUACCUUUGCUUUGUUGUAUAAGGAUUUUUAUCUUUUUGAAAUGAAAUAAGUAAUUUGCCU